AUGAGCGUGAACGUUUGGACGGCGGCGAGCGACGGCGACUUGGAGAGCGUCAAGGCGUUCCUGGCCAGCGGCGGCGAGGCUAAUGCUAAGGACGAGUACGGCUACACGCCGCUACAAGCGGCGGUGAGCUACAACCACAUGGAGCUCGUCGUGUUCCUGCUGGCGAGCGGCGCGGACGCCAAACUCGGGGACAACGAGAUGGACACGCCGCUGCACCGCUGCGAGACGGUCGAUUGCGCCAAGCUGCUGCUGGAGCACGGCGCCGACCUGAACGCGCGCAAUGCCGAGGGCCAGACGCCGUACGACGUUGCUAUUGAAGACGAGCACGAGGAGCUCAAGACGCUGUACGAGAACCUGGGCGCUGAGAAGUCGAGCAGUAUCCCUGAAGAGCAGCAAGAGGGCUUUCCCAACGGCGUUGACCUCGAAGGAUAG